AUGGCAGUCCUUGGAAACGUUCUAGGAUUUGGCGCGUUUGGAAUAGCUGCACGCGCCUGGCAACUUGGUAUCCAAAAACGCAAUCUCUUCCAAUCACCAGGAGCAUACUUGCUAUCGGGAGGAGCAUUUGGAGCGAUAGGAUACUGGCUUGUCGGUGUUGAAGAACGACAAGUAGAAUUAAUUGCACAAAAGCGCAAGGAAUUGGAAGCACGGAGAAAUCCCGCACAGACUUUGUAA